AUGAGUGGAGCCAAAUCAACAACUGGCGCUGGUCUUUUCAAGAAGAACGCCACGCGUACGAGAUGGGACAGAGAUCAGCCUGAUAACUACGGAGGAGACCAGGACUGCGUGAUGCUUCACCCGAAUGGAUACUGGCGCGACAAAAGCUGCAAUCUUAAAUGCGUCGUUAUUUGUCAAAGUGACGAAGGGCCUGUAUUAAAUGCUGAUGAGGAGAUGUCCUGGAAACAAGCUCAGCGUUUCUGUAGAGAAAACUUCAUAGACUUGCACACGGUCAGGAAUGAAGAUGACAAUCAGCUGCUGAGGAUGAUGAGCGGUGACGAUCAGAGCUGUAUCUGGAUCGGUCUGUACAGAGACUCGUGGAAGUGGUCCGAUCAGACCAACACAAGCUCUUCUCUGCCAUGGGCCUCCAAACAGCCAGAUAAUUACUUGGGCGAUGAAAUCUGCGCGGCUGUCGACGAGGACGGUCUGAUCGCUGACCAGCGCUGCUCAAACACCUUCUUCUUCUUUUGCAGAAGUCCACAGGAGACUCCCUCUGGCUGA